AUGAGUGCUGCUGAGGAGAGCGUUGAUUUGGUGGCCAAGAAGGGGGCAUCCUCUGUCGUAUGGCAGUAUUUCGGCUUCAAACCAACUGAUGUUACCCAAACGCAAGUCUUGUGCAAAAAGUGCAUCCGAGUUGUUGCGAUAACUAGAGGCAACACAACUAAUUUAUUCAAUCAUUUGAAAAAGCACCAUCGCCCACUUUAUGACGAUUGUAUGAUGAAAAAAGCACCCGCCAGCACGAAUGUGCCCCCGCCACAGCCAGCCAAACAGGCAUUGCUUAAAGAUGCGUUUUCAAGUGUAACGCCUUACGAAAAAACAUCCAAAAGACACAUAGAAAUCACAGAGGCCAUAACCUACCACAUAGCCAAAGACAUGGUGCCAAUCUACACAGUAAGCAAGGACGGCUUCAAGAAGCUGAUUAACAAAUUGGACAGAAGAUACAAGAUUCCAUCUCGGACAUAUUUCUCCAAAGUCGCGAUCCCUGCAAUGUAUGACAAAAUUAAGCGACAAGUUGAAACAGAGCUCACACAAGUUGAUUAUUACGCGACAACAACAGACCUCUGGUCCAGUAGAACAACCGAGCUCUACAUUAGUUUAACUGUUCAUUUUAUUGAUGAGGACUUUCAGCUUCAAAGUCGGUGCCUGCAAACGUCAUACUUCCCAGAGGACCAUACGGGAGAAAAUAUCGCUAUGGGGUUGAGAGAGGCUUUAGCCACCUGGGGCCUGAAAGAGGAGAAGGAAGUUUGCAUCACUACUGAUAACGGGGCAAACGUGGUCAAGGCUAUCGCGUUGAAUGACUGUACCAGGCUCCAAUGUUUUGGCCACAGACUGCAGCUUGCAAUUGAAAAUGCAGUGAAAGAUGAUGCCCGCAUUGACCGUACUGCAGGCCUUUGCAAGAAGUUGGUGGGAGCCUUCUCUUACAGCUGGAAGAAAAAGAGGGCACUGGGUGAAGCACAGAAGGAGCUCAACCUUCCAGAGCAUCUACUUAUCACAGAAUGCCAAACAAGAUGGGGAUCCAGACAGAUGAUGAUAGAGAGGGUGCUGGAGCAGAACUCGGCCUUGUCUCAGGUCCUCUCUGGAGACAAAAAGUCAAGGCACCUGAUCCCAUCAUGGCAAGACAUAGGAGUUCUGGAAUCAGUCAGCAAGUCCCUGAGCCCACUUCUGGAGUUCACGGACACUCUGUCAGGUGAAGAGUAUGUCAGCGUAUCUUACCUGAAGCCAGUUCUUCAUCUGUUCAACACAACCCUGCUGGCACCGGAGGAAGACGAUGAGGAAGAGGAAACAGAACUCACAAAGUCCAUAAACACAAAGAUCUUGGACUACUUGAACAAGAAGUAUGAAGACCCUGGCACACAAGAGCUUCUGGACAUGGCCUCUUUUCUCGAUCCACGGUUCAGAAUGGAAUACGUCAGUGUGAACAACGUCCCAAGCACAAAGAAAAGAGUGACUUCAGAGAUGGAGGAGACAGCAUGCAAGGUGAAUAUGGUGACCAGAGUUGGCAGGAUAUAA